AUGCGCGCCAAGGCCGUUGAUGUUCUCUCUCCCGACAACCCAAGUGGUCUGCCGUACCGCCUGUUGUUGACGUGCGAGCAUGCGUCGCAGCUGAUGCCGUCACCCUGGCGCUGGCCCGACGAGGAUAGACGCCUCCUCAACACCCACUGGGCGCUCGACCUGGGCUCCGAAGCGCCGGCGGUCAUCGCGCAAUUCAGUCGGCUGCUGGUGGACGCCAACCGACCGCUCGAUUCGCCCACACUCUUCCGCGACGCGGCCGACGGCCAGCCCGAGAAGGAGGACCGCCUCCAGGCGUGCUACUACCCCUACCACCGCGCGCUGGCCGAGCUGCAGCGGAAGGUGAUGCCGGACUUCAUCCUCUCGCUCCACAGCUACACCAACAACUACGAGGGACAGCCGCGCGAGGUGGAGGUGGGCGUGCUGUACGACGAGGACGAGGACCUGGCCAAGACCAUCCGGCAGCAAUUCAUCGACCAAGGCCGGUAUGAGUGCCGCCUGAACGAGCCGUGGUCGGGCAAGGAGGGCUUCAUGUACUCGGCCGACCGACACGGUCACUGGGACGAGGACGCCUUCAAAGGCUGGACGGAGAAGAAGGGGAAGGGCGACAUUGCGGUGGUCAUGCUGGAAAUGAAGAACGACCUGCUGACCGACCGGGCAUGGCGCACCCAAUUCACGCAGCGACUCAUCGACAUUCUGCGCAGCGACCCGGUCGUCGCGCUCGUCAAGGCCAAGAAGUCCUCCGCCACUUGA